AUGACCUCUAAAACUUUAUCAGAGGGGCCAGUAAGUAUUCCAACCACAGAACCUUCAUUUGAUACAGAGGCACGAAUUCCGAGAGAUAAUGAUUUAUCGGGAUAUUCUGGACAAUCGUGUGACUUCCUGAGUCUCAUAUGCACAUCGAACACUCUUGCACCGGAAGUUCCCCAGGUGCCGAAUCUGGAUCAAAACAUCGCGGAGCUUCAGUUCAUGCUACAGGACGCUGAUCUGGGGCAUGCUGCUGAAAAACUCUGGUCGACGUUUUAUGGCCAGGACUCUGCCGCCGCAUACCCGGUGGAAGACUGGGUUCACCGCUUCUGGGAAUUGCUAAGCGAAGAGGGAAAUCCUGGAGAAGGUGCUCUUACGAAUACUCACAAAUCCCAGUUGUACUUCCUACGUCAUCUUCUCAAAGAGGAGGACGAAACAGUUGAGCGUACUGGAGGGAACCUACAAGGGGCUCUGCUCGAAAAGCUACGGCACAUAGCAGGAUUGGCUCUAGGCGGUGAUGCAAUUGGCCUCCAACCUCUUCGUGAGACCUUGCAGAGAGUCCGUGAACAUGAAAGUCCGCCGGUAGGCAGGCCUGCUGGAUUGCAGAAGUCCCUGCUGCCCCGUUCUUUGGUCCCCAUCGUUGGGACCCGCAAUCCUUUUCUUGUCGUUGCUCAUGUUUCUACGCUCGCGAAAGCCGGAGUGCCUGUGGAGCCAGGUCUUCCUAGUGUUCAGAAUAUGAAACGUUUACACACUGAAACAUGUAUGCCUGGAAAGGACGGAAGCAUUCACAUCCCGUGUACAUUUCAGCAGUCAACGCUUGCGAAGAGCAGUCAACACUUCAUAGAGCUAGAUGAUGAUCUAGACCACCAGGCGAAUCAUCAUGCUCAAGCAGAGCUUCUCAAACAAGCACAUACGACCAUAUCGGGCUUGGGAGCACUGGAAUGCAAGAUGAGCUCGUAUCGUGGCAAGAAUUUAGGAAGUGCAGACUGGGGGCUGCAACUACGUGCGGUGGAUCCAAAGGUCCAAAAAGGAAAGGAGGGGGCCACGGAAAGACUAAAUUUGGCAAUAGCCACAAUGUUCACAACUUCCUCGCUCGACUCCGCGUCGAGCUUUUGGCUUGCCUUUGAUCGACGUACUGCGAAGCAGGCCAUCAAAGAAUUCCGAAAGAAUAUUGUCAGCAUAUUGCGCUCCGUGAAGCUCGAUUACCUUGCCCAACUAGUUCUAAGUGAUCACGCCAUUGCACUUCCACAUGAAGAGCUCCAAGCUGCUCUUGACAGCCUACAGGGCCUUGGGAGGUCGACAGAUGGCAUGAGAGCUCAAUUGGCUCUCUAUUCGAUUCGCUAUCCGCAACAAAAGGAAAUUGUUCUUCGAAGCCCUAUGUGGGUCAAGAUACUUUAUUCCCAUAGUUAUAUUCCCAGAUUUGUGCGAAAUAUGUAUUUCAAGUUCACUGCGGGAGCUCUAAAACGAACAAGGGAACAGAGAAUUCAAAUUGCGAGGAAAGUGCUGAGGGAGAAACUUCCCGCAUCCUUUUUCCAGAAUCUCUUUUCUCCUUUCAAAUUCACUGCACACAGUGCGGCCCUUAUGCAAAUAAUAAAUUUCCAUUCUAUGAAACAUGACGAAUUUGCCGGAGCACUUGAAGGGCACGUGUCUAAAGAAAAGUCAAGCUUAAGACACAAGUCUGUUGCAGCCGGUAUGGACGAGCAAAUUAAGGCGUGGGCACAUCAUGGGUAUGAUUCCGCCUUGUUGACAUCACACAAGGACUUCUUGACAUUUGAAAGGGCUUGGAAGAAGAUCGAUCUCAAGGAUCUCCCACUACCGGAUCUAACAGACUGGUGGAUUCGCCUUAAGGCACUUGUGACUGCAGGGCUUGAGGCGUAUUUGGCUGAAGAGAAACACCUUGAACCUUUUGAUGACAAUGUGUACAAAUUGGCUAGCGAUUCACUUCGCAACGUCAAUUCAGAUGGAAACCAAACGAUGUUUUUCACGAGGGUUGCCCAUCGGCAGGAGGAGGGUGCUCUCCGUCGCCUGUGGGGAAGUACGAAGCAUGCGCUCCUUAAGCUCCUGUACCGCUCGCCAAGCAGGAUAGACGGCGUGUGGUUUGGCGUGGCAGUUGAUUUUAUGGGGCUAAUAUCGCUGCUAAACCAGGUUAAGCACGUAAUAGAGUCUGAGUCAAGCGUGGGUAUAAAAAUAAAUUUUGAGGAGGCUCUGUUACGUGAGAUGGAAGUGGAACUUCGUAUUCGAGGGACAGAUGUUUCUCGAGUGCCUCUACUUGUCAAAAGAAACACUGGAAUGCUGGGAGUGCGCAGUGACUACGGUGCUCUGUCGGACGCUGAACGUGAAACUGAGUUCCAAAACUCAAUGUGUCUUGACCAUUGCAGAAGCCUGUGGCAGAUGGCCCUGGUCGCGAUUUUACCUUCGAUGCUGCGUCCACAGAUGAUGCAACACUAUGAAAAGUCUUUUGGUACGGAGUGGGCACUAAAGCAUCUCUCAGAUCCGGCUCUUGUGAACUCAAGUCGUAUGAUAUUAAAAAGUGAUGCGGCCCUCAAGUUUUUUGAUCAUUCAACUCCGAAGGAGAUUCACGAGGAACUAAAGGGUCUACAGAGCGGGCAAGCCGUGAUGUUUGCCAAUUAUAUGCUGUUCUCAUCCCGUGCUCACCACCAUUUGGGAAACCAGUAUCUCGGACUUCACCUACAGCAGCAGGCUCCGUUUAUGGGCAAUAUGAUCCUAGACUGGAUUGCAACCAGGAGGAGAAACGCCAUCUCUGCUAUUGUCUCUUCCGUAGUCCUUACGUUUAUCGGAGUUUAUGCGCUCAUGAGCUUCUUUGAUAUUUUGCAGAACUUGACUAUUUCUGGGACAAGUCCUCCAUUUGAUUGCGUGUGGAAUCCUGUAUUUCAAGACAUGGCCUGCAAUCCCGUACCUGGUGGUUCUGCACUCAAUACAACAUGGCUGACAGCGCUCAACCAGGUCUUCCUCAUCGGCCUUUUCGCAGGGACAUCCGGCUCCAUGUUCCAUUUCCUGACAGUAAAGUCUGCUAUUUCCCUUGUUGUGAACCAGUCCAAGACUCUGAUGCGCCUUCAGAUGGCCUUGGGCUCGGCUCUUAUGCGGCUGUUUAGACGGGGAAAAAGGUCAUUCACAAGGAUUCAUGAAUGGUUCCAAAAGCGGAAAGCUUUGAGACGCUUAAUGCUUAAGCGCGCCAUGAUUGGCCAGAAGACUGGCUCACGGGCGGAUGAAAUUGGAAUGUUAGGUCCUCCACAGAUGGCAGACCAGGUUCUUGACAGAGUGGUUAGCUCUGGUCGCCUUGUGAUCUCGCGGAGGGCUGCAACAAAAGUUUCGUUGCGCUAA